UCACCACCACCUUCCUUGUGUAGAAAAUAUAUACAUAUAUUUAUUAUAUAUAUAUACAUUAUAUAUAUAAGGGGUUAAUUAAGUUUUGAUUAACUUUCCAUAUUUGGUUUCUCCAUGAAACUUUUAUAUAGUAGUUCUUGGUUUUUAAUCAAGUAUAAACUUUUCAUUUGUAACACCCAUCGAUAAAAAAGAAGCCAAAAAAAAAAAAAAAUUCUGAAAAACACCCUUUUGAAUUUUCAAGAAUCCAUUGGAGUUUGCUGUGUUUAUUGGUCUAAAAAUGGUAUAAAGCUCUAAACUUUAUCUUCAAAAAGUAAUUUUUUUGCAUACCCAAGUUCUUGAUUUUGUGUUUUUUAUGUGUAUUGUGUGGUUUUUACUUGUUUUUUUAAAAUACACUUUUGGUUUCAUCAUUUGAAAAUUCAAGAAUCUUUGGUGUUUGCUCUGUUUAUGGAGUAAAGUUUUAAACUUUAUAAUUAAAAAGUGUUAAUUUUUGAUACCCAAGUUUUGUUUUUGUGUGUUUUUUGUGUUGUGAUUAUGUUGUCAAGAUCUUGUUUCAAUCUGCUUAAUCUUGAUGACUAUUCUGUUACUGAUCGGGCUCGAAUCCCAAAGUUGAUGAAUGUUCCAGGGAUUAUAACAGAUUUUGGUGGAGGAGGAGGAGAAGGAGGAGAUGAAGAAAAGGGGGAAGUUUCACCUGGUGUGAAAAAUGGGAGUAGAAGGAUCAUUGUAGCAAAUCAGUUACCAGUGAAAGCUUUUUGUAAAGAUGAAAAAGAGGGGAAAAAAUGGUGUUUUGAAUGGGACAGAUAUGCUUUAGAUACAUUGAUUUUGCAGCUGAAAGAUGGUUUAUCACCAGAUUUGGAGAUUGUUUAUGUUGGUUGUUUGAAAGCUGAUGUUGAAUUGAAUGAUCAAGAAGAAGUUGCUAAUUUCUUAUGGGAGAAAUUUAGGUGUGUACCAACUUUCUUGUCAUUAGAUUUGAUAAACAAAUAUUACCAUGGCUUUUGUAAGCAUUAUUUAUGGCCUUUGUUUCAUUACAUGUUGCCUUUGACAUCUAGUCAUGGUGUAAGAUUUGAUAGGUCUAAUUGGUUGGCUUAUGUAUCAGCAAACAAGAUUUUUGCUGAUAAAGUUUAUGAGGUGAUUAAUCCUGAUGAUGAUUAUGUUUGGAUUCAAGAUUAUCAUCUCAUGGUUUUGCCUACUAUGUUGAGGAAAAAGUAUAGUAGGAUAAAAGUUGGGUUUUUCCUUCAUAGUCCUUUCCCAUCGUCUGAAAUUUAUCGAACAUUGCCUGUUAGGGAUGAGAUUUUGAGGGCUUUGUUGAAUUGUGAUCUUGUUGGUUUUCAGACAUUUGAUUAUGCUAGACAUUUCUUGUCAUGUUGUAGUAGGAUGUUAGGUUUGGAUUAUCAGUCAAAAAGGGGUUACAUUGGUAUUGACUAUUUUGGUAGAACUGUGACUAUUAAAAUCCUUCCUGUUGGUAUUCACAUGGGGCAGAUCCAAAAUGUUAUGUCUUUGCCUGAUACGGCGAAGAAGGCGAAGGAAUUGAAAGAGAAGUAUGAGGGGAAAAUCGUGUUGUUAGGUAUCGAUGAUAUGGAUAUGUUUAAAGGGAUUGGUCUGAAGUUGUUAGCGAUGGGACAUCUUCUUGAGCAAUCCCUGUCCUUGAGGGGAAGGGUAGUGUUGGUUCAGAUUACGAACCCCCCGAGAAGUAGAGGAAAUGAUAUCAGAGAGGUUGAAGAAGAGGUCAAGAAGAUUGCCAGUGAGAUCAAUAUGAAAUAUGGAAAACCGGGGUAUGAACCGAUUGUCUGUAUUAACGGUCCUGUUUCUACGCAGGACAAGAUAGCUCACUAUGCGAUUUCUGAGUGUGUUGUUGUUAAUGCUGUUAGAGAUGGAAUGAAUUUGGUGCCUUAUGAGUAUACAGUUUCUAGGCAGAGCAACAAUAAUUUGGAUAAGGCCUUGGGUCCAGGUUUUAAUGGAGAACGACGAAAGAGUAUGAUCGUUGUUUCUGAGUUCAUCGGCUGCUCCCCGUCUCUCAGCGGUGCUAUCAGGGUCAAUCCAUGGGACAUUGAGAGUGUAGCCACUGGUAUGACUUCAGGAGCCAUGAUGAAUGAUAGGGAGAAAGAAUUGCGUCAUGAGAAGCACUAUAGAUAUGUUUCUUCUCAUGACGUUGCAUAUUGGGCGAGGAGUUUCGAUCAAGACCUCAAGAGAGCUUGUGAAGAGCAUUAUCACAAGAGAUGUUGGGGUAUUGGCCUUGGUCUUGGCUUCAGGGUUGUUGCCCUCGGACCGAAUUUCAAGAAGCUUUCGGUAGCCAAUAUCGUCUCUUCUUAUAAAUUGACAAACAGCAGGCUCAUCCUACUCGACUAUGAUGGUACUAUGUUGCCAGAGGAUAAAGUGGACAAAGCCCCAAGUGCAGAAGUCAUCUCAAUUCUGAAUGGUUUAUGCAGUGAUCCAAAGAACAUCGUGUUUAUCGUGAGUGGUAGAGGAAGGGAUACGCUCAGCAAGUGGUUCUCUCCAUGUCCGGAACUUGGCUUAUCAGCAGAGCAUGGUUAUUUCACUAGGUGGAGUAAGGAUUCCGAUUGGGAAUCUCGUCCGGUACCUGCAGACCUUGACUGGAAAAAAGUGGUGUUGCCUAUUAUGAAGAAAUACACCGAGGCAACAGAUGGCUCGUCGAUAGAGCAGAAGGAAAGUGCACUAGUGUGGCAUCAUCUUGAAGCGGACCCUGACUUUGGCAUUUGGCAGGCUAAAGAGCUUCUCGAUCACCUCGAGAGUGUGCUCGCUAACGAGCCUGUGGUUGUUAAACGAGGCCAACACAUUGUUGAGGUGAAACCACAGGAUGUAAGCAAAGGUCUGGUGUUUCAAAGCCUCUUGGCGUCGAUGCAGAGCAAAGGGAAGUCUCCCGAUUUCUUGUUGUGCAUAGGUGAUGACAGAUCAGACGAAGACAUGUUUGAGAGCAUUGCAAGCAACAAUUCUCUGCCUGAUAACGCAGAAGUCUUUGCCUGCACCGUCGGGCAGAAACCGAGUAUGGCUAAGUACUAUCUUGAUGAUCCAGCUGAAGUUGUAAAAAUGCUUCAAGGCCUCUCAGCAGCUUCUACAGCAAUGCAGCUACCACCUAAGGCGCCAGUCCAUCAAGUCGCCUCUGUCGAAGAUCUCUCCAUAGUCAAGAAUCAUGCAUCCUUUGUAUAGACAAAACUUCAUAGAAUUCAGAGGUCAUCCAAAAGAAUCAGUUGAAAGAAACAUAGUUUUUAGUUUUCAGCAAAUUUCCAUUUUCUUAGCCCUCUAGGGAGUUAUAAAAUUUAGCAAAUUUCUUGGUUCAUAGUUGCUCUUAUAUGACUUGCCUAGGCAAGUUAUACAUAGUGUAGUUACUGGAUUAUCAAGGUGAUAGUACUACAUUUUUUGGGUAAAAUUUAUAUAAAUGGCUCUUUUGAA